CGUUUACAUGGCGAAAAGCGAAUUGGGAUUCAUUCAAUGGUCAGCUGCGUGACUGUGAAGCAGCGACGGCGCUUCGGCAUUCCUAUCCUUUCCGUCUCUUUUCAUUCCGGCACGGCCUCUCCAAAAACACGGGCGUAAACUCGAAAAGUCGUAGUGUUUUGAAAAGCGUAGCAGUCGAAAUGCGCCUGACAACAAUACCAGGAUUAUAAGGAUUCAGUAUUGAAGAGUGACAAAAAUACCAUAUUGGACCAGAAUUCGGACAAAGCAGGCCCUAAAAUGCUUUUGAGCAAUCAGCCGGCCAACACGAAGCCCCAACAAACGCAGCCGCCGUCGCCGUCGCCACCACAGACGCAGAAUUUUAAAUCGAAGCUGCAACAACAAAUCGCCACAGCAGCAGCGAAUAUCGCCAACGGCGGCAGCAGCCAUCAUCAUCCGCUGAACAAUCAUCAUCACCACCAUCAUCAUCAUAAUCAUCAGCAGCAUCAGCACAACAUUUCCUUCGCCACGGAUUUCUCAAUUGCGGCGAUUAUGGCGCGCGGCGGAAACGCCCCGAGCAGCCGCGAACCUUCCGAGCGGAGUCUGAGUCCCGCAUCUGUGGAACGAUAUUCGGGCCAGGAUGUGGACGAUGAUGUUGACGUUGAUGUGGUUGACUGCAGCGACUCGGAAGCGCCGUCGGCAACUGCAGCAGCGGCAGCCACUGCAGCAACAGCAAACGCAGCAGCGGCGGCAGCAGCAGCAGCAUUGCAGGCGCAGCAGCAAGCGCGUCAGGCAUUGCGUGUUGCACAGCAACAUCAGCAGCAACAACAGCAACAUCAACAGCAACAGCAAAGGCAACAGACACAUCACCACGCAACGGCAAACAAGCAACAACGCCAACAUCACAAUCAUCACAACAGCAACACCAACAGCAACAGCAAUCACAGCAAAUCAAGCAGCCAUCGAGGGCGUUCUGCUGCUGCAUCUGGAGCUGGAGCUGGAGCUGCUGCCACGCCCUCGCCACCACCGCCCUCACAGAGUCCCGAGGAAAUCGAGCGCCUGUCGCCGGAGGAGUCGCCAGCGCAGCUGCCCACGCCCAAGAUUCUGGGCUCGUGCAAUUGCGACGAUCUCACGCCCGUCCAGUGCCACCUGGAGACGAAGGAGCUGUGGGAUAAGUUCCAUGAAUUGGGCACUGAGAUGAUCAUUACCAAGUCGGGCAGACGCAUGUUUCCCACCGUUCGAGUGAGUUUCUCGGGUCCUUUGAGGCAAAUCCAACCGCCGGACCGGUAUGCCGUGCUCCUGGACAUUGUGCCGCUGGAUUCGCGGAGAUAUCGCUACGCCUAUCACCGCAGCUCCUGGCUGGUGGCCGGAAAAGCCGACCCGCCACCACCCGCCCGCAUCUACGCCCAUCCGGACAGCCCCAUCAGCCCGGAGGCUUUGCGCAAGCAGGUCGUGUCCUUCGAGAAGGUGAAGUUGACAAACAACGAAAUGGACAAGAGUGGACAGGUCGUGCUGAACUCAAUGCACCGAUACCAGCCCAGGAUCCAUUUGGUCCGACUGAGCCAUGGCCAGAGCAUACCCGGCAACCCCAAGGAGCUGCAGGAUAUGGACCAUAAAACCUUCGUUUUCCCGGAGACCGUGUUCACGGCCGUGACGGCCUAUCAGAAUCAAUUGAUUACGAAACUGAAAAUCGAUUCGAAUCCGUUUGCGAAAGGAUUUCGCGAUUCGUCUCGUCUCACCGACUUUGAUAGGGAUCCCAUGGAUGCGUUCUUCUUCGACCAGCACAUGAGGGCAGCUCCUUUACGAUUCUUCCCGGAUCCCCUGAUGUCCCAGCUGACGCCCCAGGAGGCGGAUGCCGCCUCGUUGGCCCUGCUGGAGAAGGCCCGGCAACACUUGCAGAUGUUUGGACGAUCGCCGUACACGGAGAUGUUGCUGCCACACCUCUACCAGCGGUCGGCUGCCCCACCGCCUCCUCCACCAGCCCCGCCCCUGAGCGCCUUUCAGCUGGGCAUGUGGCAGCAGCAGUGGCCCCAGCUCACGGCCGGAUUCUUGGCCAGCGCCAACCAGCAGGCGGCCCUGGCCUUGGCAGCAGCGGGCGCCAACCGGACACCCCCGCCACCGCCAGCCGUGGCCCCACCCGCCCCCGCCACGCCCACAUCGUCGUGUGGCUCAGCGUCGCCGGAUCUGAGGGCUCGCCCCCAGCUGAGUCAUUAUCCGCAGCGCUUUAGUCCUUACCAGGUGCCUCAGCAUCAGGCCUCGCCGCCAGCCUCGAAUCGGGCCGAGAGUCCUUAGGACUUUGGAUAGCUGUCCUGAAGUAUAUAAACAGAACCACCCAAAACCCAAACCACUCACCCUGCAACCCCACCCAAGAAACACAUUCUGAUGUAGUCUCUAAGAUGCAGGAACUGACGAGUACUUACUCUUUCUUCUUCUGAAUUAAAAAAAGCUUCAAUAGAUUCAAAAUAUAAUAGAUAAUUAUUAUGAAAUCCUAAAAACCAUCUUGCAUCUUGAAGACCUCAUCAGAAUAUCAGCGAAAUGUAUGUGCAAUGUUGUUGAACGAAAUAGAAUGUCCUUUGUAAAUAACCCCGAUCAUGUUGCUGCAACAUCCAAAGAUGCAUUCGGUGUUGCAUGUGAUGCUAAGCUAGAGAACCGUUUCUAUCGGUUUCAAUGUAUUGUAAUUUUUGUAGCAUUAUAACAGUAUUAGUUAAUUUAAUUAGGCCUAGAUACAUGCGUACCCCCCCUUAGACCCUCUACUGCUGUGUUUUUUGUUGUCGUCCCCAUGUGUUCCUAAAAGCUGCGAAUUAUUGUGAAAGUUUCACGCUGAAUUAAGCCUCCUAGAGACCAGCCCCCUAAACAAAUGCAAAAUCAAUUACUCUAAACACUUAUUUAAAUUAUGUGCAAAAAAAGAGAAAAGAAGCGAAACUGAAUAAACAAUUUAUAACACAAAGCAAAA